AUGAACGAUCUUGAUUCUGGAGAUGUUGCAAAUAAAUUUAGUGACUUCUAUGAAUUCGAAGAAUUUCUGGGCUCAGGGGGAUUUGGUAAGGUAGUGUAGGCAAAGAACAUCAAAGGAGAAAGCGUAGCUGUCAAACUAGUACCCAAGAGAGAAUGUAGAAGAAGCUAUUCGGAAAUACUAGCAGAAGCAAGCAUUUUGAGUCAGAUGAAGCACCCAAAUAUAGUGUAAUUUAAGAGAGUACAUGAAACAGAUACAAGAUUAUUGAUCGAAAUGGCUUUGGUGAAGUACGGACAAUUGAAAAGAUUAUUUACAGACAAAAUUGAAUUGAGUUACGAAUAGAAAAGACAAUUUAUGCAAACCUUGUUCAAGACAGUUGCAUUCAUCCACGAAAGAGGAGUAGUCCAUCGAGACAUUAAACCUGAGGUGAGGAUUGUAUGUAUACUAGAGAACCUUUUACUUGAAGACCCUAACGAUAUGACCACUUUGAAAAUAGUAGAUUUUGGAUUGUCGACUCGAUCUCAGCUUCUCAUCAGUGGCCAAUGUGGCACUCUCAUCUACAUGGCUCCAGAAUUCUUCACUAGCAAGCAUUACUCUAAAGUAAAAAUAUUAAUCGAUAGACUAGCCAGUUGAUAUUUGGAGUUGUGGAAUCAUAUUGUACAUGGUUUGCACCGGUGGGAAACAUCCAUUGUAUGUCUAAGGAUAAACAGCUGAGGAAUAUAGAGAAAAAUUGUAUGAUCAUAUACAAAAUCCACAAUGGAAUUUCCCUGAUGGUUUUGAUUAAUUGGCCAGGAACCUUUUCUUGAAAUGUGUUGCUGAGGACCCCAUGCAUAGAUAUAAUGCACAUCAAAUCUUACAUCACCCAUGGAUCACUGGAAAGGUCAAUGAUCCCAUUCCACUCUCCUUGCCUGAGAUGUAUAAGUCCUUUUCAAUGAGAGAACGUGUAACAAGAAUCAUUAAGGCUUUGAUGGUAAUUAGGAUGAUGUCAAAGGAUUAUUGGAGAUGUGUCAAUACUAAAAAGAUUGAUUCAUCUUAUUUAGAACAAGUAAUUAAUUUCUUUUCUAUUACUUUAGUGUAACAAAAUUUCAUAGGUCCAUUAAUAGUAACAAUAAUAAUAAAGUUUACUAGAUAAGUCAUAUGUUAAGGAAAUGAUGGCAGAGCAUGCAUAAAUUAAAUCAAGACAACAUAAUCACAACCACAGAGUUGAAACUCCAAAAUAUUAAAGUAUUUUAAAAAGAUUGAUUGAUCCAUCUCGAAAUUAGCAUGACUCAUACCUAGACUAACCUAAUAAUAGCUAAAUUGCAGAUGAAAAUAUACUCAAUUAAUACAAUUCCAAUAACAACCAUCAGUAAACCGAAGGCUCUUAGCGUUCUGCUUCUUAAUAAAGUAUUUAGGAUGCAUAGGAGUGUGCUGAAUCAAAUAGUGGCAAGCUUAUUAUCAUCAAAAGGAGCAAUCAAAAUAAGAAGAAAACCAAAAAGAUUGUUUAAUUUAUUAAUACAAAAAAAUAAAACAACAGUUCAGUUGACUUACAAUAGAGAUCCAGAUCCACAACAGCCAAUAAUCCAAAACAACUCAUGAAUACUCUUGUAGAGAACAAACAAUUUGAAUCUCCUAAGAAAAUUUAAUUGGCUUCUCUCACUUAAUUUUAGUAAUAACAACAAUCUCAACCACAUCUCAUCUAGCCUUAGUAAUCCAUACCAUUUCUGAAUACUGCCUCAUAAUUGAAUGUGUUAAAACCACUUCCAUCUAACUAGUCCCCUGUUCACAGACUUAGUAGUCACAAUGGUGGCACUACUCCCAGCCUUCACAAUAUCUUGAAUUAAAACAUCGAACAAUAAUAACAGCAGUAAAAUCAUUCCUAAGCCUAUGGUUAUAUUAGAAAAACUAGUGUUAUAUCUUAAGAUCCAAAGAUUGUUGAACCUCCAAGUAUUUAUUAAUACAAUAUUUUGCUAUUUUAGGAAAAAGGAGUAAUACUUCUACUAGAAAACUAAGUGUCGUAGAAUUAGAUUGUCAUGAUUAAUAAAAGUAUGAAUAGCAAGAAAGUAAAUUUACGUAUUUUAAACAAAAUAGAAAUUGUUCAUAAUUAAUUUUUACCUAGAGGAUGGUGCAAAACCUUACCAUUUUAAAAGUUUCUGGCUCCCAAAUAGAUGUAAGUCCAUCCUUAAUUUAUUGAACUUAAUGCCUUGAGGUAGC